AUGUUACAAAAGCAAUUAGAAAGGAAAGUGGAUAUGAAAGAGCAUUACAAUGAGUAGAUAAGCAAUUUGAAUGGGGAAAUGCAAAAAGUAUAGGAGGAAAUGGAUUUAAUGAAUCAGUAAAGAGAAUUGAGAAUUUCUAGAGAUUCUGUAAUUCACAGUUUGAGAUAACAGUUGCAAGAAGCCAAUCAAGGAGAACACAGAACGAUAUUGGAAUUGCCUAAAUAAAAUGAGUAGCAAUUGUAAUUAAAAUAAUAAUUUCAUUUCAUAUAGGAACAAUCUAAUGAUCUAAAGAAGCUAAGCAAAUUUGAAUUAGACAAAAAAGAUAAAUAGAUCGAAUAACUUAAAUAAUCCAUAUAUUUGUUGAAUGUGGAAAAUGAUAAAAUUAAACAAAAUAGGCUUGUUAAAAAAGAGAUUACUUAAAUAUCAUUGAAAAGUAAUUGCAACGUCGUACUUAGAAAAAGAAUUAAUUAAUGA